AUGGAGGACCCUCUGAUAGCAACAUUGCCGCCGGCGACGGACUACCUGACGUAUCUGACGCUGCUGGAAUACCAGCUGACCCCAGCCCGACUUCCCCUCUUGCACAAUUUGUUGCAAGAUGAAAAGCUCACCACAAACAUCGGGUGGGAUCUGGUCAAGCUUCUGCUGCCAAUGCUUCCCGCAUCAACAGAUUGCCUUCAGGAUGUAGCUCGUCUAGGAAACCCGCGAGAGGUAAUCCUGCGUGUUUCCGAGUCUUUGAUGCAGCUCCAACCGGACGAUGAGGAUGACGACGAAGAAGCGGAGGGCGAAGGACUGCCUCUGCACAUCUUACAGUUCAACUGUCUCCUCGGCAUGCUAUCAGUGCUGCAUAAACGAAUUCAGACCAAGGCCCCCAGUCGAUUCAUGGCAACUUCCUUGCAGGCGGCACUAGAAGCCUAUACCUCAAUGCCAACAAACGAGACCACGUUGGCUUUCCUCGAGUUUCUCCGGGAAGUUUCUCCCUCCAAAAGACCUGCGCCUCCUCCAAGAGUGGCUAGUGAGUCGAGUGUUCUCAGAGUGGCUGCGGCCUCCGCACCGGACCCUGAAGCGGAGGUAUCAUCGCCAUCUCCUUCUGCCGAUAACGAAACUCUACUGGUCCGCAAAUUUAUACAAUUCAGUUUGCUCGAAUUGCUGAAGUCAUAUCUUUUGAGCUUCUCUAGCCCUCUGGAUCCGGGGUUGUCAUGGACUAUCCGGAUGCAGGAGCACCUACAUCCUGAGCUGCGGCUACCGGGCUCUCAGUCUCAAACCGAGGCGUAUGCGUCGACAAAGGAAUUGAAGGACCGCGAUUUGAUUAUGGGAAAACUUGUGGCUCUAUCAAGAGAUGUUGGACUUGACAGCAAAGAACUUCUUGAAAUCAUUUCUAGCUCACCAACGGAUCAAGUUGCACAGCUUGAUUUCGAUGAGCCACCUACAGACCCUAAUCAAAUUCCACUUGAGCGACACGGCUCUCUCCUCCUCCUGGCUGCCCGCACUGCUGGUGCAACUCUAUUCGCCUCUGGUCAACCAUUGCCUCCUGUCUCGGUUUUCCCUGAGUUGUCGGUGAUUUUCAAACACUUUGUCGGCGAAACAACCAACUUUGAUGAAAUCGCUUUCGGUCAGCCACAUGCAUUGCUCGACUCACUACUAGCCGUGACCGUCUACGCCCUGCAACAGCCGAUCAACCCACCAUCCAGUGAAUCCGAGUUCAAGGAUUUUGUUGUCACUCUGACAGCAUGCACAGCACGUCAAAGCCAUGGCAUUGUUCGCCAGAUUCCCGCUACUGUGUUCCGGAGCCAUCCCUCACCUGAGACCCGGUUCAAGCUCAUCUACACUAUUUUGGAGGAUGAACAUCUGGCUUCUGCCCGUGACAGCGCCAUUGCCUGGCUGAAAGAGGAGCUUCUUGCCAGCUCAAGUACUUUAUUCCAAGACCCACAUUAUUUCUGGGCCUUGUUCCCGACUCUAUUCAGUCCAGUGAAGGCAGCGAGCUCAUCCGACCUCGUCGUAAACUGGACCCGCCUUACCCAGACCCAAGGUCCCCCGCUGCACUCUGCAUUGAACCUAUACUACCUUCUCCUGUCCUCAACUUCCCUUCGGAGUCAGCUUCAGCUGGAGAAAACAGUGAAGUUUUUCCGCGCUCAUGUCCUCAACCCCCUCCGACAGACCUUCCACAGCUUUGAGGGCGAUCUCACUGCCAAAGGUGGUGAAGGAGUCAUUGAGGCUGCAGUGGGUGAGGAAAUGUGCCAGGUUGGAAACGCCAGGUCUGUGGGCCUGAUUGGGCUUACUUUGGACCAAAUCGAGGAGACUAUAGGUGAUGCCUUUGGAUCCGACGAUGCAGACCUCGGAGAACACUCCAAGGCCGAUGAGGCUCAGGUAUCUGAGAUUCGUGAGCGGGUGGGUGUUUGGAACUAG